AUGGCCGUGGGCGGUGCGCAUUCUGCAGGCGGCCCCGGCGUGCAGCGUGGACAUGGGAUCUCGAAGCGUCCAGCUCCUGGCCGUACUCCUCGUCCUGGGGGGCGAGGGGCUGUGUGCCUGGCAGGGGCCCAGAAACCUUCCCCCUGCCAGUGCUCACGGAUCACAGCCCGUAACAGGAAGAACUGUGGCUUCCCGGGCGUCACCCCCGAGACGUGCUUCAGCGCCGGAUGCUGCUUUGACUCCACAGUCCCCAAUGUCCCCUGGUGUUUCCACCCCCUUCCGAAGCAAGAGUCGGAGCAGUGUGUCAUGGAAGUGUCCGCCCGUAGGGACUGCGGGUACCCGGGCAUCAGCCCUCAGGUGUGUGCGUCUCGCAAGUGCUGUUUUUCCGACACUAUCGUCAACGUGCCCUGGUGUUUCUUCCCAAUCCCUGUGGAAGGUGGCUCUGAGGAUGGCUCGUGCAACGGCCAUGGAGAGCAGGUCACCUCAGCCACGCCCCUGGAUCCCUGCCCAGCUGGUGGUGCCGCCCAACCGACUGUCCUGCAGCCACGGGUUGGCAGUGCCACUAAGUGCCACAUGCUGUGCCGGGUGCUGGGGCCGACGUGGACCUUCUCCCAACAUCAGGGUGAGCCAAAGAGCGCGGCAGAGACCUAA